CCCCCCCUCAUUUCCAAGAGCUCCCAAGUUACGCUUACGACACUUUUGGCACUUGGCCCUGUUUUUCUACUGUCACAUGUGCGGUGUAUCUGACUCUGCAGCCCUCAGCACAAGUGUAGCCCUCUGUUGAUAUUCUAUUUUUUUUUUUUUUUUUUGAGGGGGGGCAUUUUACACAGUCUCGAGCCAUUUUUGAUUAUGUUGGACCUGCAACAUGUGAAAGUACAGCCAGCCGUGACGGGCAGCUCGCACAGAAGUCUCUAGUGAUGCCAUAAUGAGCACUGUGGCUGGCCUCGGGUAUUGAACAGAGCGAGGAAAUCCUCAUGUCCACAUUAAUCAGAACGUGAACUCUUCCACACAAACGAAUACCAGGAGAGCCCGGAGCUUUCUGUUCAGCUGUCUGCCAAGUGUCGGGUUUUGAAUUCUUUUUAUUUCGCCCACGCCUGUGCAAGGAUGCCCCGUAACGCUGCCCGCAGUUCUUGAGAAAGAGACCCGGGAGGAGGAGACGACAGGGUAGGAAAUGACAGAAUGCCUGACAGAAUACAAAGCGCUGGUGACUCCGUCCACGCGCAACGGCCACCGCGUCUUCAGCUACACGCUAGAGAGCCACACGGCGGCCGCCUUCGCCAUCAUGAACGAGCUGCGUCUGGAGCGUCAGCUGUGCGACGUGACGCUGCGCGUGCGCUACAAAGACCUGGAGGCGGUGGACUUCGUGGCUCACAAGGUGGUGUUGGCCUCCUCGUCCCCGGUCUUCAGGGCCAUGUUCACCAACGGGCUGAAGGAGUGCGGCAUGGAGCUGGUGCCCAUCGAGGGGAUCCACCCCAGGGUCAUGGACCGACUGAUAGAGUUUGCCUACACAGCCAGCAUCUCGGUGGGGGAGAAGUGUGUGAUCCACGUGAUGAACGGCGCCGUCAUGUACCAGAUAGACAGCGUGGUCAAGGCCUGCUGCGACUUCCUCGUCCAGCAGCUGGACCCCAGCAACGCCAUCGGCAUCGCCAACUUUGCUGAGCAGAUCGCCUGCAUGGAGCUCCACCAGAAGGCCCGCGAAUACAUCUACAUGAACUUCAGCCAGGUGGCGACCCAGGAGGAGUUCUUCAACCUGUCCCACUGCCAGCUGGUCACCCUCAUCAGCCGAGACGAGCUCAAUGUGCGCUGCGAGUCCGAAGUCUUCCAGGCAUGCGUGGCCUGGGUGCGCUACGACCGGGAGAACCGGCGGCCGUACGUCCAGGCGCUACUCCAGGCUGUCCGCUGCCACUCCCUCACCCCCAACUUCCUGCAGACCCAGCUCCAGUCUCUGGACUGGGACCCCCAGUGUAAAGACUACCUGGCCCAGAUCUUCCAGGACCUCACCCUCCACAAGCCCACCAAAGGCAUUUCUUGGCGAACACCCAAGGUGCCGCAGCUCAUCUACACAGCAGGGGGUUAUUUCCGUCAGUCUCUCAGCUACCUGGAGGCCUAUAAUCCCUGCACAGGAGCCUGGCUGAGGCUGGCCGACUUGCAGGUGCCCCGCAGUGGCCUAGCAGCCUCUGUGAUCAGCGGGCUUUUCUACGCUGUGGGUGGAAGGAACAACGCGCCCGACGGCAACAUGGACUCGAAUGCAUUGGACUGCUACAAUCCUAUGAACAACUGCUGGCUGCCGUGUGCACCCAUGAGCGUACCGAGGAACCGAAUCGGAGUUGGUGUCAUUGAUGGCAUGAUAUAUGCAGUCGGUGGAUCACAUGGGUGCAUUCAUCACAAUAGUGUUGAAAGGUACGAUCCAGAAAGGGACGAGUGGCAUCUGGUAGCCCCAAUGUUGACACGGCGGAUCGGAGUGGGUGUGGCUGUCAUCACCCGGCUGCUCUAUGCCGUGGGGGGUUUCGACGGGUCCAACCGGCUCAGCUCCUGUGAGUGCUACAACCCUGAGAGGGACGAGUGGAUGACCAUGGCCCCCAUGAACACUGUGCGCUCCGGAGCUGGUGUGUGCUCUCUGGGGAAUCGCAUCUUUGUGAUGGGCGGCUACGAUGGCACCAACCAGCUGAACACAGUGGAGCGCUACGAUGUGGAAACGGAUACGUGGAGCUUUUCUGCCUCCAUGAGGCACCGACGCAGUGCUCUGGGAGUCACUGCGUUACAUGGACGCAUCUAUGUAAUGGGAGGCUACGAUGGAGACACGUUCCUGGACAGUGUGGAGUGUUACGACCCUGAGACGGACACCUGGUCGGAGGUGACUCACAUGACGUCUGGGCGGAGCGGCGUUGGUGUGGCCGUUACCAUGGAGCCGUGCCAGAAAGAGCUGCCACAGUGUCAGAAGUCUGAGAGGGAGAGCGGCACCCCAUCACCCGCCCAUCAGUCGGCCAACUCCGGUUUCAGCACUUACAACAAUCAGCGGCAGGGCGGGCACUUCGGCAAAAGCCUAUGAAGCUCUUAGCUCCCUGGCACUCACUCACAGGCAGACAAGCACCCCCAAAACUCCACUCUGUCUUCCCAAAUCUAAAGAAAGACCCUCGCAAAACAAAUUAGAGACUUAUGUGAAACACCACAUGCUGCCUCACUGGUUCUGGACAAGCAAAACAUUUUUAAAAAACAAAAAAAUCCUACGGUCCACUUUUCUAGACUGGUAAGUUGAUUAAUUUAUUUGGGAAAUCUGAGAGACCUCAGUCCGUCUGUGCUUUCAGAUCUUUUGAAGUCUUCAGUCGGACCAUCAUCUCCCAGGUCUGAGCCCCGGGAGGAAAGGGCUGCACACUUAAAAAGGGCCGUUUACUGGCUCAGAGAGUCACCAGGAGCUCUUUACGCCUCAAGCAAAGGUUAAAUAAUUCAAAUGUACCCCAUUAUAUAUAAAAGAGACAAAAAGUAGCGUUUGUCAGCAUAGGCAGUAGAGUUCAAAGUGCCAUUACAAUGCCUGUGGGUAUUACUGUCAUCGGUAUAUUAACUUGAGGUGCUUUGAUGGAGAAUCGGUGCGUUUGAUUUGCUAAAGCUAACCCAGACGGCCACAAGAGGAAGCUUAUACACGAGAAUGGGCCUCACGCAGGACCAUUUCCUGUAUCCUCGCCCUAAACCUUUGCUGUGACCUUUGCUUGAAUGUAUCCCAAGUCAGAUUCAGCAAAAUCUCUGAACCUCAUGAACUUAACCUUGUUAAUUUCAGUCCGAUGAAUGCCAUCUGUUCAUGAGUAGGUAUGUGUUUAAGGACGAUAAUAAUACAGAGCAACUGAAGGCUCUAAACCCCCCCCCCCCCACCAUGACUUAACUUCAGAAUUAACACAGAAUUAAGGAAUGGUUUGAUAUGGAUUUUGAUUUCAAAGACAAAGUAGAUCAUGACUUAAAUGAGGACCUGCGGUCAGGGAGCGUGCCACUCAGGGAGAUAGGAUGUGUAUAUAUAUAUAUAUGUAUAU